CGGCACCUCUCCAAAGACCCCUUCCGGUUCUUUUAUUGGGAAAUGGUAUGUGGAAGUCAAGUUUUUUUGGGCACCAGAUUGGAGCUUCUUUCUUGAUGUAUUUGUCUCGACGCGCUUCCCCGGUGCCUGCCCUUUGCCAGGCAGGGAUCUCAAGAGACCAAGUGGCGGCAACGGUGCUUCAGGCGGUCAGGCCCCAGGGGUCUGCAGCGUACGAGUUCCUGUCUGUGGACUACUCCGAGAGGAAGUGGAAAGGUCCGGCACUGAGUCAGAGAGCCCGGCGUCGGAACGUCAUGCCAGAAACGCACCGCAGCGUGGCCUCAUGGGCAGGGGACAUUAGGAUGGAGAAUUCAGAGUUGCCUCUGAAGCAGGAAAUUUCUAAAGGAUCAGAAUCAUCUGAUGGGACAUCAGGAGGCCUCUACGGGGUGGUUCCAGGGGGCCAAGAGGCUGGAGAUGCCUGUGAAGUUGCUUUGGAGAAGCUAGAAAUGCAACCCUCAGGUGAAGAAGGGAACCAACUAGAAAAUGAUUUCUUGGAAAUAACACGUGAGGAUAAAAACAAAUCCACGAAAGGUGGAUGUGAUUAUAAGGAACUUGGGGAACUUCCAAAUCUAUCCGCCAGUCCUGCUGAGCAUCAAGGAGUUCUGAAGGCACAGAAAUUCUAUCAGUGUGAUGAGUGUGGCAAAGCUUUUAAUCGGAGCUCACACCUCAUUGGCCAUCAGAGAAUCCACACUGGAGAGAAACCCUAUGAGUGUAAUGAGUGUGGUAAGACCUUCAGGCAGACCUCUCAGCUCAUAGUUCAUCUCAGAAUCCACACGGGGGAAAAGCCCUAUGAAUGCAGCAAGUGUGGGAAGACCUACCGGCACAGCUCCCAUCUCAUUCAACACCAGAGACUUCAUAAUGGGGAGAAACCCUAUAAAUGCAGUGAAUGUGGAAAAGCUUUCAAUGAGAGUUCUAAACUCUAUGACCACCAGAGGACUCACACUGGGGAGAAGCCUUAUGAAUGCAAUGAAUGUGGAGCAGCCUUUACUCGGAAUAAAAAUCUUGUCCGACAUCAGGUACUUCACACUGGUAAGAAACCCUACAAGUGUAAUGAGUGUGGGAAAGCUUUCUGUUCUAAUAGAAAUCUUAUUGACCAUCAGAGAAUCCACACUGGGGAGAAGCCUUAUGAAUGUAUUGAAUGUGGCAAGGCCUUCAGUCGGAAUAAAAGUCUUAUUCGACAUCAGCGCCUUCAUACUGGGGAAAAACCAUACAAAUGUAGGGAAUGUGGAAAAGCCUUUAAUCAGAACUCUCAGCUUGCGGACCAUGAACGAAUUCAUACUGGAGAAAAACCUUUUGAAUGUAAUGAAUGUGGGAAAGCAUUUGGUUUAAGUAAAAGUCUUAUUCGACAUCAGAGACUUCACACAGGUGAAAAGCCCUAUAAAUGCAACGAAUGCGGAAAAUCCUUUAAUCAAAACUCACACCUCAUUAUACACCAGAGAAUUCACACUGGUGAGAAACCUUAUGAAUGUAAUGAGUGUGGGAAGGUCUUCAGUCAUAAUUCUAGCCUUAUGGUACAUCAGAGAACCCAUACUGGAGAGAAACCCUAUAAAUGUAACGACUGUGGGAAAGCCUUUAGUGACAGCUCACAACUCACUGUACACCAGAGAGUUCACACUGGUGAGAAACCGUAUGAAUGUAUCGAGUGUGGGAAAGCCUUCAGUCAGCGUUCCACUUUUAAUCACCACCAGCGAACUCACACUGGAGAGAAGCACUCAGGUCUGGCUCGGUCAAUUUCAUAAGGGUGAUUGUCUACAACAGAGAGCAAGGAACUUUGAAUUAAGCUUUCUUUAUAAGAAGGGUGUUUACCCUGACCUUCUUUUGGAACUAUCACUCAUAGUCGGCCAUUGCAUAGCUGCUGUCUGCUGGGUCAUUAUGAUGAGACAGUGGAAGUAUCACAGUAAUCCUUCCCCAGUAUUGGGGAGUAAGGACUACGCAUGCCAUGUGUGUGUAGAGAUUCUCUCUUUUUUUUCUGUUUUAAAAUCUUUUCUAUUUCUUAAUUAUGCAUCCUCUAAUCAGAUUGUAUGCCUUUCAAGGACAGAGGUCAUUUCUAUUCCACCUUCAUUUGACAUUUACAUGAAGUCAUUCUCCAAGACUGAUUCUCUUUUCUUUCUCUUGGGAGUUGCCCUUUUGAAACUUCUACUCUAAACUAGACCCUCAUCACUUGUGUUUCCUAUAUAGAAAACUCUUUUUUCUGUUUAUAAUUCUCUGUUUCUCAGAACUGUUAAGAUCCAGCUCAUCUACGAAAGAUCUUUUUCUUCAAAUGCUGCUUCUUCCUAAACUUCUGUUGAUUUGACCUCAGUGCUUUGAAUUAGCCUACACUACAGUUUGCAAUUAUUAUUAAAUUGCCUUGUCAGUUAUUCUCAACUUAAUGAAUAUGUGUGUACUUUCAUAACAACUUGUAUGUUUUUUGAGAUUGGGUAUGGUAUCUAUUUCUUUUAGCACAUAGAUAAUAAUAUUUGUAUAUUCUAGUUAAAUAAAUUUUUAAAAACUCAGCUCUACAGUUGAACCAUUCUUAAACUGGGGAUGAACUCCUCUCCCACCACUGAACCAAAUUUUUAAAGAUGGAUGUCAAAGGAUAUGACAUACAAAAGCUCAUUCAUAUUUUUUUCUUGUACUCCUGGGAGUUUUACUACUGUUAUCUCAGCCUUAAAGAGCUAAAUGAUUUGCGUUUGUGAGUGUGCAUGGAUGUGCGUGCAUGUGCACGCAUGCGUGUGUGUAUAUCUAGGUACUGGAGUCAGCAGUCAUGUUCCACCUUUAUGUACUUUUCCCUGCACACUGACUUCAUUUCUGAACUAACUGGCUCCGUCCUGCUGCCUAAAUAAAUAAGAACUGCCUCAA